GUUGCUUACGACGUGCAAAUGUCAAGACUGCUAAUGUAUCGCCCUAUCAAAUGUACACACCCGGUGAAAUAGAACGCAUUCUGUGCCUGACAGGCAACCUUAAGUAUCACAACAUCCAAGAACUGCAUCAGAAACAACCAAACUCAAUCGAAACAUCUGGCUUUAGUUCGCAUUUGCAUGAACUUCGUAAAGAAUUGGGAAUACCUGUACUGAUUUGGUCAGUAUUUAACGUUUUUGAGAAAACGAAACAGAUCUAUGAAAAAUCUCAAAUGAUCCAUCGAUGGAUGCGUGUUAUGGUAGUGGUCCCACCAGGUGGAGGUGCUGUGGAUGCGUCAAAGAUUGAAGUCUACCACCACCGAGAAAGCCAAAGCCAUCCCGUUUACCUGUUGUUUUUUUGUGUGUGCGUAUUUUCACCUUUAUUAGUUUGCUGAUUCUGAAUAUCUCCCAUGUGUUUUGCCAACACAGCCAGGUGAUCUUAGGAAGCAGAGUCUCAUCUAUCUGCCAUCCAAUCUAUAUGCUCGAAUCCUGGCUAUCAGGUAGACAGCGGAGGGGCAGAUAGCAGUACUCAGGUGUCAGUGUGCGUCCGACCACGGAAACGACUCCACCUCAACUGCUGCUUUCAUUCUCUGUGAAGAGCUCCAGCCUGUCAUCUCACUGAAAACGGCCAGAAGGGAGGGUGGAGUUUAAACAAAGGCCCUCUCCAUAGAAAAAAAAUCAGGCUUGUCCAGAGUAACCACGGUGUCUUGCUUCGACCUCUAUGUGCUCCCAUUUCUUCCUCUUUCGGCAAAAGAAAAGGCAGCUUCUUCUACGAUCUACUCUGGGUAAUUGCUGACGUGUGGUUUAUGCUGCGUAUCAUCUUGCCUGCAUGCAGGGCAACCAGUAAGGAUCUGGCUAACAACACUAGGGCCUGAUCGCCUUGCCUGAAGAGAGGAGCCUUCCCCGGCUGAGGACUGAGAGUGUCCUCCAUGUUUUUUAAGUGUUGACAUAACAGUGUGUCAGACAGCCAUGCAUCCACAGAGUCUGGCUGAGGAAGAGAUAAAGACAGAGCCGGAUGUGGUAGAAGGGAUGGAUGCAUCUGCACGGUCCAAAGCCCCCGAUCCACCGGGGUCGGCAGAACGCUCUUUGGCACCACAAAAGAGGAGGGUGUCCAGUCCUACCCACUCGUCCAAUGGACACUCUCCAUCUGACACCUCCUCCAGUCCACUCAAGAAAAAGAAGAAGCCUGGGGCCAUGACCUCAAGCAAAGACCAGUCAGAGCUAAGACAUGGUCCCUUUUACUAUAUGAAGCAGCCAGCACUCACCACAGACCCUGUUGAUGUUGUACCGCAGGACGGCAGGAAUGACUUCUACUGCUGGCUGUGCCACCGCGAGGGCCAGGUGCUCUGCUGUGAGCUCUGCCCCAGGGUGUACCACGCCAAGUGCCUCAAACUACCAGCUGAGCCUGAGGGCGACUGGUUCUGUCCCGAGUGUGAGAAAAUAACAGUUGCUGAAUGCAUUGAAACACAGAGCAAAGCAAUGACUAUGUUGAAUAUCGACCAACUCUCUUACUUACUCAAAUUUGCACUCCAAAAGAUUAAGCAACCUGGGACAGAGCCCUUCCAGAAACCCGUGUCCUUGGAACAGCAUCCUGACUAUGCUGAGUACAUUUUUCACCCCAUGGACUUGUCUACUUUAGAGAAGAAUAUCAAGAAGAAAAUGUAUGGCUGCACUGAAGCCUUUCUGGCUGAUAUGAAGUGGAUCUUACACAACUGCAUCAUUUAUAAUGGAGGAAAUCACAAAUUAACAGCAACUGCAAAAGUUAUUGUCAAGAUAUGUGAGCACGAAAUGAAUGAGAUUGAAGUAUGCCCUGAGUGCUACUUGUCUUCGUGCCAAAAAAGGGACAACUGGUUCUGUGAGCCAUGUAGUCAGCCUCAUACACUGGUCUGGGCCAAGCUCAAAGGAUUUCCCUUCUGGCCAGCAAAAGCUCUUCGUGAAAAAGACGGGCAGGUAGAUGCACGGUUCUUUGGACAGCAUGACAGAGCUUGGGUUCCCAUCAAUAACUGCUACCUCAUGUCCAAAGAGAUCCCUUUCUCUGUCAAGAAGACAAAGAGCAUUUUCAACAGUGCCAUGCAAGAAAUGGAGGUUUAUGUAGAAAAUAUUCGUAAGAAAUUUGGAGUUUUUAACUAUGCGCCAUUUCGAACCCCUUACACACCCAACAACCAGCUUCAAAUGUUGCUGGAUCCUUCCAACCCUAGUGCUGGUACAGUAAAAACGGAGAAACCCGAUAAACUCCGCUUUAAUUUUGACUUAAAUGCAUCUCCAAAGAUGGUUCUUAGUAAGAGUUCCACACCCAGUGGUCUGAAUCGGAGAGUCUCCAUGACGGACAUGCCUCGGUCCCCGAUGAGUACAAACUCUUCGGUUCACACGGGCUCCGACGGAGAGCAGGAGAUGGAAAAGGCCGGUAGAAAUUCUGCCUUUCACUACAGCACUGGAGAGGAAUCCAUGGACUUCACAGCAUCUCCUCUCUCAGGAAAGGUCGGUCCAGCAGGCAGCUUGACAGGCAGUCCAAAGCCACUCAACCCGAGCUUGGUGUCCAAGCAAGAGAGGCCCGCAUCCACGGGUGGCAUCCUCAAUCUCAACCUCGAUCGAGUGAAAGCUGAGAUGGAUCUGAGAGAGUUGAGCGAGAGUGUGCAGCAGCAGCAGCAGCAACAGCAACAAUCGGGGUCAGCUACCCUCCCCACGCCAAAGAGACCCAUCAGGAGUCUCGACAAGACUAUUGAAAGCUGCAAGGCUCAGCUUGGUAAUUACAAACACAUGAGGAUAGAUGAAAUUUCUGAAGACGUAUAUAAAGGUGUGGAUCACAGUGACACAGAAGAAUCUGAUAAAUCGGACUCUAGUGAUAGCGAAUAUGCCAGUGACGAGGAACACAAGCCACAGAGCUCUGGACAGGAUGAAAAGGUCAGAGUAGAUCGAAAGCGGCCCAGAGCAAAUGCAGAAGCAGAGAAUAAGGAUUCUAUUGAAGGUAUGGUGGAAAAAUCCACCCCUGCAACCCAGAUCAAAGAGAAGCAGGGUAGCAAUGCCCAAGAAGAGGCCGUUCAAGAAAAGCCCAGAUUGACCCAGUCUCAACCCCUCACUGACAAGCCAAAGACCUCAGAGGAGGGGAAAACGCCUCAUGCAGCAUCAGCAGCAGAGCAAGACUCUGAUUCUGAAAGAGAGCUGGUGAUUGACCUCGGAGAUGAACACGGAGCCCGUGACUCUAAGAGGUCAAGAAAAGACACGAGUUCCAAAACCUCCAAAGAGACCAAUGCUGCCAAAUUGGAGGGUAAAGUAACCAAUUCCACUACAGCUGUUGCGCCAGCCGCAUCCACCUUGAAAAAUGCCUUGCAGCCUUCUACAACUGCACCCAACCCCGUUCCCACUGCCGCUUCGAGUCAGCCUGGUGCUGCCUCAACACUCAGCAGCACUUCAAGCACACCCUCCACGUCUGUUACGUCAACCUCGCCAGCAGUGAAGAAACAACGCCCUCUGCUGCCCAAAGAAACAGUGCAGGCUGUGCAGCGAGCAGUUGUUUGGAACCCCACCAAAUUGCAGACGUCCUGUCAGAAGGCUCACGUGCAAAAGCAGCAACAGGCGGAGCAGACGACGGCACAGUUACAAGGGCAGGUGCAGACACAAAGUCAAUCUCAGCAGAAUUCUUCAAGUACCCGCUACCAGACCAGACAAGCAGCCAAAGUUCAAUUGAAAGACUCUCCUCAGGGUGCUUCAGCAUCAAGUAGCUCAUCCUCCUACUUGUCAGGAGACUUGCCAAUCCCGACUGCUUCUGCAGAUGCAGCUGCAGAUAUAGCCAGAUACACAAACAAAAUUAUGGACUCAAUCAAAGGAACAAUGACUGAAAUCUACAAUGACCUUUCAAAAAACACUUCAGGAAAUACAAUAGCAGAGAUUCGACGGUUGAGGAUAGAGAUUGAGAAACUUCAGUGGUUGCAUCAACAAGAGUUGUCCGAGAUGAAGCACAAUCUGGAACUGACGAUGGCAGAGAUGAGGCAGAGUCUGGAGCAGGAGAGGGAGAGGUUGGUCGCGGAGGUGAAAAAGCAGAUGGAAUUGGAAAAGCAGCAGGCUGUCGAUGAGACCAAAAAAAAACAGUGGUGCGCCAACUGCAGGAAGGAAGCCAUUUUCUACUGUUGUUGGAACACCAGUUACUGCGAUUACCCCUGCCAGCAAGCCCACUGGCCAGAACACAUGAAGUCUUGCACGCAGUCAGCUUCAGCUUCGCAACAAGAACCAGAGGUUGAGCCCAACCCGGACACUUUGGGCAAAUCGACAGGCAAUUCCCCAGUCACACAAACUCUGAAUGCCCCAGCAGGAGCAGUCGUACCCUCCUCCUCAUCAACCAUAUCCGACAAAAGCAACUCUCCCACAUAUAUCGACAAGAGCAAGGACAGUGUUGGGCUUACUGUGACAUAACUGUUACUCCACAUCGUGGCAUAUAUUCCAAGACUGCUGUGGACCUUGAUGUGUCACAUUUGGAGUUUCAGUGCCUGCUCUGUGACCCUUCACUUUCGGUUUCCAUUCCUAAAUGCAUGGCAAACAUUUUUGUUAGUUUUGAUGUUCUUACGCCUUCAUCUUGUGAACUUAUUUGUAAAUAACAAAUCAAAUGUGAUUCUCUGUUUUCAUACUGUUGUUUUGUUGUCACUUAAUUUUUUGUCUGAACAAGAUUGUAACAAACUGCAGUAUCUUUGUUACACUAAAAAGGUUCAUUGCUGCUCUCAAAUGCUUAAAGGCUGUAUUUUUUUAAUCACCACAACAUGUGAGAUGUUGAAACAGCCUUGAAUAACUGAUUCUCAAUUAUCUUGGUGGCAUCAGAAGUUUUCUGGGUUUUGCAUCAUUGCAUUUACUUCAUGUCAGUGGUUAUGUUUUUCAUCCCACAUUGUAUAGGUCUAAGAAAAAAUAAGUGUGAUUUAUGAAAAAGAUCUAAAACAUUGUCAGUGUAAAAAGUUUUUGUAAGAAGAUACAUGAACAAUAUUUAUUAUGUUUUAUAGUAUGUUUUGAUGCAAUCACAUUUUUAUGUCUCAAAUUUAUUUGACCGAAAAUUACUCAUGAAUGUCAGUACUGGGUGACGUCUGUAAAACUGUUUUUCCAAAGUUAAAGUAAAUUCCGGUCAGACUGUUUGAAAUUGUGUAUACUUGAAUCAUUUUGGCUGGUUAUGAUUACAUGAGCAUGUCUAAUUUGAGUUGGUGUCUCGUUAUCGUUUACAUAUUGUAAAUACAGUAAGAUGAGUCGUGAAGAAAAUAAACAUGUUCUCGAUA